AGGAUGGGAGAAGCGGGACGUUUAUGAUUGGAAACGAAGAGUUCCCGGCUUCUCUUCUGGAUCUUCCUGCUGUUGUUGAGUCUUUAACUUAUGAUGAUUCUGCUUUAGAAACUGCUGACAUUGGCCAGAUGAUCAUGGUUAGGGAGCCAGGUGAUCCCACGCCUAAUACAGUUGAGUACAGACAUGGUCUAACUCCUCCUAUGAAGGAUGCUCGUAAGAGAAGAUUUCGCCGAGAGCCUGACCUUAAUCCGGAGCUUGUACAGCGCGUUGAGAGGGACUUGCUGAACAUCUUGAGUGGCAGAACAAUCGAAAACGGAAAUGAGCAGCAAGAGGAAACAGUUGCGAACGAGAAUGCAAAUAAGAAUGUCUCUUCCUCUUCACCUGCUACACCUGUUGAAAAGCCUGAAGAAGCUGCUGAGACAAGGACUAAUAAUAAUAAUAAUACUCCAGCGGAAGCUGAGCAGGAGAGAAGUGAAUCAGAAGAUUCUGAUGAUUCUAUGUGAAAGGUUAUGUAUGUAGUGAAUGAACAUCGGGAAAGCUUUAGGAUAUGCGUGUAACGUUUGAGAAACGAACCUAGCAAGGAUAGUGUAUGUCAACUGUCAAGAGUUUUGCCGUCAUGUUUACCACUUUUAUCAUUUAUUGGUUCAUAUUCAGAACAUUGUUCCGGUCUGGUCAUAAUAACUUUUAUUAGUUUGUUGGUU